AUGGAAGAGUGUGAUGACCUCAAAAUUCCAUUGGAAGAUGUUAUAUUGGCCACCAACAAUUUUGCACUCAACAAACGAGUUGGGUGGGGUGGGUUUGGAACGGUGUACAUAGGAGAACUCUCUCGCCCAGAGGGACUCAUAACGGUAGCGUGUAAGCGUUUAGAUCCAAAAUUCGGGCAAGGGGAUGUUGAGUUUCAGAAUGAGAUCAGAAUCCUUAGCAAAUACAAGCAUGAAAACUUAGUCACUCUCCUACACUUUUGCAUUGAGGGUGACGAGAGGAUCCUUGUGUACGAGUAUGCAGCUCGUGGGAGCCUCGAUUGCUAUUUAAGCUACCCUAGUCUUACAUGGACUCAACGUCUUAAGAUAUGUGUUGGAGUUGCCCACGCACUAAACUAUCUUCAUGAUCCAAAGGACGCCCAACAUAGAAUAAUCCAUCCAGACAUCAAAAGUUCCAACAUCCUUUUGGAUGAGGAAUGGAAUGCAAAGGUUUCGGAUUUUGGUCUAUCUAGAGACUCAGGGGCGGAUUUAAGUUGA